AUGUAUUUGAGCAACGUUCAACAAAGAUGUAAUGAAAUACUACCAGGCAAAGAUUAUCCAGGUUGGGAUAUACCAUCAUAUAAUCCUCUAUUUGGUUUACAAACAGUUGAAACAUGCCGACAGAAAUGUGAACAAACACAAGAUUGUUACACGUGGGCUUAUCGUUCUACUGAUCAGGCAUGUUUUCUAAAGUAUCCAAUGACUAAUACACCUGUUGACAACAAUGUAAUAACUGCUGGUAGAUGUUCUCCUCCAUCAGCACCAACGAGAUGUACCGAACGAUUAGAUAAUAAAAAUCAAAUAUUUGGUGAUAUUGUACCUUAUAAUCCAAUACGUAAUUUACAGCUUGAAGAAUGUAUUGAUAGAUGUAAUAAUUUACCACAAUGUUUAAAAUGGACAUGGAAUAAAAAUAAUCAUGACUGUUGGUUAAAAACAAUAGAAGCAUAUGCACUAAACGAUGAUAAUUCAUGUAUUAGUGGUAGUUGUGUUAAAUUUUUUGAAACUCUCGUUGGUAAAGAUUAUGUUGGCUAUGAUAUUGUACCAUUUAAUCCAAUACCUAAUGUACAAACAUUAUAUGAUUGUAUUUUUAACAAAUGUGAUAAAACUCAGGGUUGUUUUGCCUAUAGUUAUAAACCAAAUACAAAAGAAUGUUAUUUAAAAGGCGUAACAAAUGGUAUUGCUAGUGAUAGUAAUGGUGUAAUUACUGGUCAAGUAUUGACACCCAUGAUUCCAAUACCGAAUGGAAUACGUUGUAAAACACUGUUGAUGGGACAGGAUUAUUGGGGUGGUGAUGUAAAAAUAAAGCGUGAUGUGACAAAUGUUUUUGAUUGUAUGAAGAUAUGUGAGCAGUCACUUGAUACUGUUAAAUGCACCUAUCGUCCAGAAACUCGUGAAUGCUUUAUUAAAGGAACUGAUUCUCAACCAUUGAGUAACAAAAUUGGUAUUUAUUCAAGUUUCUGUGGUCAGUCGGUUUGUAUGUGGACACAAUGUCAUUCAUUAUUAGAUGGUUCGUCAUGUCCAUCAAAUUUAAAAACUUGUACAUGGGAAUUAUGCGAUGGUUUCGUCAAACGUGAAUAUUGUUGUAAUGAUUGUACAUAUACAGCACGUCAUGAAAAUAACUGGGGAAAAUGUCAUUCAAUAUUAGAAGGUUCAAUAUGUCCACCAGAAUUAAAGACUUGUACAUGGAAGUAUUGUGAUUGGGCAAAUAAACAAGAAUAUUGUGCUAACGAUUGUUCAGAAAAAAUAAGUCGUUGCUAUUGGUCAAGAUGCCAUGAUAAAUUCGAUCUUGCAUCAGCUUGUCCAGAUGGAAUGGAAACAUCUCAACGGACACUUACGAACUGUAACGAUUAUAUUAUUUUACCUGGUUAUUAUCCACCAGUAUUCUCAAGAAAAGAUUAUUGUUGUGCUGAUGGUUUAAUUGGUUAUGAACAACAAUCAAAUGAACAAAAAUGUUAUACAUAUUAUGAUAUGAGUCAACGUGAUAAAACAUGUCCAACAGGUAUGUUUACAUGUAGUGGCGAAUAUUCGUCUCGAUAUUGUUGUACAAAUUCAUGUGAUAAUGGACUUGGGAAAUAA